GCGGUGAAGACGAAAUCGAACAACGCAACGAAACAAGAACGAACAACGAAACGACAAACGUAACAGAUGCCAAAGCCAAGCUAAACAACGUGGUGGGCAGUCCUCGGCGUCCUCGAGAGGGCAGAGGGAGGAGGAAACGAGGGCCGAUGCGCGCGGCCACAGGGAGGCGCCCGCAUCAGAUUACGCAUCAGAGACCUUCUCGCUCACAUCCCCGUCCACGAAGGCACGUUGAAACAGUCUCUGGCGGAACUUUCGGACAUCAUGCCGAAGCAUUCGGCGUCCCAGUUGCAUUGGCAUCGGAUACAGACGAUCUUGAAGCAAAUAUGUGUGCUUCAUCGUGACCAGGGUGACAACCAUGUCAUAAAACUUCCUGAGAUCGAUGAAAGCACUGACACUAACGAAGUUAAACUCAGGGGCCGCCCUGCUGAGGGCAAGGGAAGGAGGAAGAGGAGAAGGAGGAGGAGGUGGAGAAGAGAAUGCAGGAGCGGCAGCAGCAGCAGCAGGGGCCUCCCGUCCCUCCCGCCCGCUGCGAGCUGUGCCAGCAUCCGCGUGGCCGCUGGGCGCGGCGGAGAAAUUCGGCCCGCGGCCGUCGGGGGGCGCGCCACACAGCGUGCAGACCGGAACAGUAUGGUACACGGGGCGUCGACGGGCGCGGGCACGGCAGGCUGCCGGAUCUAGAGGCGUCUGAUGGGGCCUGGAUUCUCGGGCGGGGAGGCGGCCACGGGGUCUGAGUUCCAUCACUUCUUGGGCUGCGAUGUGCGUCGAGCGAUUUUCUGCUGACUCUGCACGAAUUCGCAACACUUUGCCUAAAGUCUGGCCUGCGCAGGGGGGGGCAGAAGCCUCGGGAAGAGGGUGGAGGAGGAGGAAAUGUGCCCAAUAGUCCCGCCGAUUCUUGGGCGCA